AUGACCCUUUUCAUAAAUCUCGCGCUGAAUAGAUAUGCAACAGUAAAAUGUGAAGAUAAUAUCUUUGAGGAAAUACCAGUAGAAGCAAACAAACCGUUUAAUGAAAACAUUAUGAACAUUUUAAGUUCAGUAACCUUAGGUCAAAGUGUAAAAAGAGAAAAAAAUGUUUUAUCGAACUUGGCUAGUUACACACAAUUACUAAAACUUGUGAGUUCACUUGAUUCUCAGGAUGAGGAAUAUGAAGGAUUAUUUCAUAUUAAUACGACAAAAAAGAGAAGCAAUAAUAAACAAUUUGAAAUUAUAUACUCCCCCAAAAAAACUUACAAAAAUAAUGUAAACGAUGUGAAAAAAGAAAUAAACAAAACACUAUUUGGGUAG